AAGCUGUUCUUCUCUCUUUCAGCCUGCUCCGGUCUCAAUGUCACAGUGAUCAGGAGGAAUCCUGCACAGAUACAUGACAACGAACAUGCUUCCCAUGGGUUGGACUGUGAAACUAUGGUUUUUAUUGAUGCUCCUAGCAGUGGCAUGUGAAGAGAAGACACCAGAUAUGGACUUCUGCUUACCACAUCCCUCCUGCGAUGAAUGUAUUCAGUCCCAUCCCACCUGUGCCUGGUGCAAGCAACUGGAUUUUGUGCAAUCAGGUGAGUCAGAUGCAGGACGCUGUGCUUCUCGGCUGGAGUUGGAACAUCGUGGCUGCCACCCAAGUGAAAUUGUGGACCCCCGUGGCAAGCAGAGUAUACUGGUGAACAGGCCCUUGAGUAACAGCACACACCACCAAACCAUCACUCAGCUGGCACCCCAGAAAAUUGCUCUGCAGCUUCGGCCUGGGGAGGAGCAGAGCUUUACAGUCCACUUCAAACGGGCUGAAGGUUAUCCUGUUGACCUGUACUAUCUUAUGGACCUGUCCUACUCCAUGAAGGAUGAUCUGGAGAACAUCAAGAGACUUGGGAGUGACUUGCUGGCUGUCCUACGCAAUAUUACCACCUCUGCAAAGAUUGGGUUUGGCUCCUUCAUUGACAAAACAGUGCUGCCAUAUGUGAGCACAGCACCUUCCAAGUGGCAGAAUCCUUGCCCACACUUAAAUGAGAACUGUCAGUCACCAUUCAGCUAUCAACAUGUGCUGCCGCUCACCGACAACGCCAGCGAAUUUGAGAGCAGAGUCAGCCAGCAGCGUAUCUCGGGUAACCUGGAUGAUGCUGAAGGAGGUUUUGAUGCCAUCAUGCAGGCUGCCAUCUGUAAGGAGCAGAUUGGCUGGCGUGAAGUAACAAAGCUAUUGGUCUUCACAUCAGAUGGUGCCUUCCACAUGGCAGGGGAUGGGAAGCUGGGUGGAGCCUAUAUGCCCAAUGAUGGGCACUGCCACCUAAAUGCCAAUGGUCUGUACACUAAGAACCACCUCUAUGACUACCCCUCAGUUGGGCACUUGGCUGAGGUGCUUUCUGAAGCCAACAUCCAACCCAUAUUUGCUGUGACUGGCUCCAGGGUUCCAAUGUAUGAGGAGCUGAGCAAGUUAAUUCCCAAGUCAGUGGUUGGGGAACUAAAGGAGGAUUCUAGCAACGUGGUGCAGCUCAUUGCGGAUGCCUACAAUAGUCUCUCAUCCACUGUGAAUCUGGAGCACAUUUCAGACCUCCCCCCCGGUAUCUCAAUUGCUUAUGACUCGCAUUGCAGUGACUCAGAAACAUAUGGGCGCACAGAGGGCGGGGAAUGCUUUGGCGUGCACAUCAACCAGUUGGUGCAAUUCACAGUGAGGAUAAAGGCCACCACCUGCCUACCUGGGUCUCAGAAGGUAGUGCUACGGGUGCUGGGAGUAGGUGAGGAGCUGCAGGUAGACCUGACAACAGCAUGCGAGUGCCAAUGCAGAGACACACAACCCUACGCAGAUCACUGUUCUGGUGGUCACGGCAAUAUUACCUGUGGUGUCUGCCGCUGCCAGGAGGGCCAUGUUGGUCGGCUCUGCGAGUGCAACCAAAAGGAUCUGGUUCAUCCAGAGGCCAUGUGCCGAGAGGUGAAUGACACAGGCCCUGUGUGUAAUGGCAAGGGCCAAUGCAUGUGUGGAAAGUGCCAGUGCAAUGCUGCAGCAAGUGGCCCCUUUUGCAAGUGUGACAACACUGCCUGUGAACGGCACAAUGGACAGCUCUGUGGAGGCAAUGGGCGAUGCAGAUGUGGCAAUUGUGAGUGCCAUCAAAACUACACUGGCAGCGCCUGUGAAUGUAGCCUGGAUACCAGUGGUUGUAUAUGGGAUGGCACUGUAUGCAGUGGCCAUGGGCGCUGUUUCUGCAACAAAUGUCAGUGUGAUGAUGGCUGGUUCGAUAGCCACUGCAGCCACUGUGCAAACUGCCAGACACCCUGCGAGGAGCACAGGGCCUGUGCAGAGUGUAAGGCCUUUGGAAGUGGGCUGCUGAGUGGGAACUGCAGCAUUGCCUGCAACCAGACAAUUAGAGUCUUGGCAGCCCCCACCAUGAAUGAGCGAUGGUGCCAGGCAAAGGCAGAAGACGGCAGCCUCCUCACCUACUUCAUUGAGAGAGAUGAGACAGGCAAGGUCACCCUCCUGGUGAACAGCAAAAAGGAGACUACUAAGCAGACAUUUGAACUGGUGCUGGGCCUGGCAGUGGGAUUUGUGUUACUGGGACUAAUCCUCAUCGUGGGAUACCGCAUCAUUGUGGAGAUCCAUGACCGCAGAGAGUUCAACCGCUUUGAAAAGGAGCGUAAAAGUGCCCAAUGGAACGAGGUGAACAACCCAUUGUUCCGGAGUGCAAUCACCACAAUCAUCAAUCCCAGGUACAACAAAUAGAAGUGUAAUAGAACUGAAACAGUCUCACCCCUUCCAGAAAACCACUCCAUUGGCCUUUGCUUCUUCCCAGCUGUCAUCCAAGAGUCACUUCAGCAGCCUGAAGAAUCUUGUAAUUUAAGAACUUAUCUUAUUUCCCCCCUCCUUCCUUUCCUUCCCAUCACCUUUUGUGUCAAGUCUUUUUGAUACUAAGCCUGAGGGCAGAGGCUGUCUUUUUUUUGUUGAGGGUGAUGUAUAAGCUGCUCUGUGUCUUUCUAGCUGUGCAAUGGGAUAUAAAGAUUAGCUAAACAAUGCACUGAAAACACAACAACUGAGAUAGAAGGUAGCUGCUGGAUACCCUGCUGGUACAGAGAGAUGGUAUGUGUUUACCCCCAAUUUGCCUAUGAUGCUGUGUGGUCUUAGGCAAGUUCUCAUCCUUUACUUUGGCUGACCCAGUAACAUAACCCCUAUUUACAUUAAAAUUAAUUACAAUUAAAAUUAUACUCAUCCCUCUGUAUUUGCAGAUUUGAUAUUUGAGGAUUUGAUUAAUGUGUUCUC